CGACCGCACCCUGCACACUCGUCUAGUCUACCGAUCUGAUCGGACGUCUGUGAUUCGCUUCUGAUAUGAAAAUAUUCUUGUUCUUAAUUUAAUUGCUUGAUUCGAAGCAUCAAUACCAGAUUGUUUAUUUGUCGUGUUUUUGCACACGUUCAGUGAAAUUCUAGAAGAUCUUGAAGUGUAAACAUGUUCUUUUAAUCCACCAGGCGGAUUGGUUGCGCUACAUGCUUACAUAGCCACAAAAGACUACAAAUAUCGUUGAAUAAGAAAACAGAUAAACCGUUUCUUCGUUUGGUAAGAUAUGGAUCCACAUCAAAUUCUGCACCACUGCCACCUCGCGCUCACAAGAUUCUUCCGCAAGGAUUUGGAGAAUUUAAUAAUCGUCAUGAGCGCUUGGGACCGUGCUGCACUCUCCCACAGCUCGAACUGGUCACAAUACAACCAGAACCCGGUGCUGCCCCUGCCCCACGAGCACGUCGUGGGCCUAAUGUCUACAAUGAGAUUUACCCGCGACAUCUACCUCCAUCAAUACCACUUCGACUCCACAGUGUACACUCUAGAGUCGUUAAACGUGGAGGGAAUAACGGACACGGAUAUUGAGAGGCUGUUAUGCACCGCCUAGAAAGAGCUCCUGCAGGUUCUCCGGGAAUUUGAUUUCGCUGAAGAAAUUCCGGACCUCCUGCGGGCUGCUCUUAAAUUAAA